AUGUAUCUGGGCAGGUGGUGCGUGGGGGUUCUCCAUAGCACGGCGACCCUGUCCUCAGGGAAAACCUGCGCAUUGUAUGGGCUUCGGCUCAUGCACCGUCCCAAUAUUUUCCGGUCCCGCUCUGGCCACUCUGGCUGGGCGGGCUCUCUU